GGGAGUCCGGCGCUGACUAGCAGCCGCGCCUCUGGGAGGUGCUGUCCGCAUCCUUGCCCAGCCCGGAGCCGCCCCCCUAGUGCGUCGCGUCUCCGGCCCCUCGUGGGCUGGGCCCUGGGACCCCGAGGCUUGUGAAGCCCGGACCCUGUCCGGCCCAGGCCCCCGACCGAGCGGAGGAAGCCGGGGGUGCGCGUCCGAGCGCUCCCGCGGGGAAGCCAGUGGUUCCGCCUGCCGGGGCGGGGCUCCGGCCGCCGAGCUCCCGAAGUUCGCGGAGAGCCCCAGGAAACGCUCCCGGUGGCUCCUCCUGCCAUCGGGAUGGCACAAGGCGCUGCCCCCUUGUCCCCCCGGCGCGCCCCCGCUCCGGCUGCUGCUUCUAGUCGCGGUGGCCUUCCCGGCGGUGCGGACCGCGGGGACGCGACUUCGGCGAGCAGGAGGCUGGCUGCAGCUCCGGCUUUGCUCGCGGCGUGCUGCGCGGCCGGCCCAUUGUCUCUCCCUCCCUAGAACACGUGGGGUGCUCCCGUUCGCUCUGGAGGCGCUCCCUCGCUUGGGGACUCGCGACCCAGAGCACUGGCGGUCUCGUCUGUGUUUGGUCAGCUGCGGGGCACCCGCGGCCGCGCCUGGCCCACCUGCCGGGUCCUUCGUGGGCGCUCCGCAGCGGGUCACCCUGGGCCAGGGCGGCUUGGUGGAUAGAUGGGUGAGGCCUGGCUGUCCCCUGAGCCCGGAAAUACAAGGUGCAAGGUGCCCGCUUGGUCACACUUGGGCCACUAAGCGAGCGUUGGUCCCACUUCUGUGCUCUGCUGGGAGAGGGGAGGUGUGUGCACUGUUGGGGGGAAGUGCCACUGGAGGUUGCUGCAGGGCCUGCCUCUGCCCACCAAGGGUGCCCCGGGUGGCCACUGACACCCCGCUUCGCUGUGGGCCUGACCCUCAGACACCAAGGACUCGGCUGCGGACGCCCAUGGAACUCCCGGGGCCUCUCCCAGCGGUCAGGAGCCGCCCUUCCUGCCUUGGACCAGGCAGGUGGCCCAGUCUUUGUGCAGUCCUUGCGGCGUGCCACGCGCCACGCUGAGCGCCCGCUACAGCUGAGCCGCUGGACGGCGCCAGGACCGAGGCCACCACACCUUUGCAGCACGUCCCCCACCGGCACUCCAGUGUCCGCACAGACCGCGUCAGACAAGGGAGGUGAGCGGGCUUUCAGGGGACGGGGAUCUCCGUCCCUUGCUCUGCAGGACGUUCUUCCUGUGGAUCCCACCGCCGGCCCAAGGACAGUGGGUCUACAGGAGGGACCUAUCGUGAGUGCCUGCGAGUCUCAGACACGAACUUCUUGGGCGGUCUGGUCUGGGUGUGGUGUGCCCUGGGACACAUGUCUGAGGCAGAGGCAGGAGAGCCCCUGGAAGCCCAGCAAGGGACAGAGGUUGCCGCUGUGCCUGCGGACACCGCGUCUCUCAGCGACUCAGACUCUGUCAGCCUGCCUGGUGGUGCUGAGAUGGAGGCUCUGUCCCCGGGGGUGCGACCUGGGGAGGCCCAGGGGGACUCAGACCCCGAUGAGUCCUCUUUGUCUGCGAGGGGCCUCCGCACGGCCGCGGUGCAGCCGUUCCAGCUGAGGGGCAUGAGCUCUACCUUCUCCUGGCGCAGCCGCAACAUCUUUGACUGCUUAGAGGGCACAAGCAGUCAGGUGCUGCCCUCCGAGGCUCAGACUGACGCGGGUGAUGACGGGGACUUCCCACGGCCGCCGGCACCCGCAAGCCAGCGUCCAGCAGAGGACCCGGGCAGGGCCAGUCAGAGCCCUGCUCCUCCGAAGUUGCCCCCCGUCCCUGACUAUGUGGCCCACCCUGAGCGCUGGACCAAGUACAGCCUGGAAAAUGUGGCGGAGGUCAGCGAGCAGAGCAACCGGGCUGCUGCUCUGGCCUUCCUGGGCUCCCCGAGCCUGGCUGCCCCCAACAACCGUGUGUCCUCUUUCAACCAGGACGCCUCUAGCUGCGGGGAGGGAAGAGUCAUCUUCACCAAACCCGCCCGAGCUGGCGAGGCCAGGCCUGAGAGGAAGAGGGCCCUGAAGAAGGCAGGAGGGCCUGGGAACCCGGGCGCCCCAGGGGGCGAGGGCCCCGUGGAGCUGGCCCACCUGGCUGAGCCUGGGAGCCCGGAGGCUGAGGACUGGAACAGCCCCCUCGGGGGCCUUCAGGAAGUGGGCGUGCUGCAGGGGGCCGCCCACCCCAGUUCAGCGGCCGGGCCUUCCGUGGUGGAGACCGUUGGCUUCCAUGGCAGCAGGAAGCGGAAUAGAGACCAUUUCCGGAACAAGCAGAGCAGCCCUGAGGCCACAGGCACCGAGAUCUGAGAAGAGACCCCCCGGCUGGUGUUCCCGGACAGGCUGGCGGAGGAAGGCAGCUAGGGCCACUGGCCGCUUGGGGUUGGGUGGGGCCUGGGGCUCCAGCCCCUCGGGAAGGGAGCCAGCGGGCCGCCAGGAGGAGGCGACGGCAUCCUGGGCUGGAGCUCCGGGUAGUGGUGUCUGAAGCAGUGCUUGCCGGUGGACGGCAGAAGCCCUGGCCCGCCGAGUCCCUGUGGGGCAGCAGUAAAGGUUUCGGACUUUC